UGAUGCAAGUCGUAAACCAAAAAGUUUGUGUAAAGAUUUAAAGAUCGAAUGGGUUUUUAGAAUAAGUUUGUGUGUAUUGACAUAUUAUUUUCUUAAAAUGGAAUAAAAAAAAUUGAAAACGGAAAAGAAAAAGUGUUAUUGUAAUUUUAAAAGAAAAAACUUUACAAAUAAAAGUGGUUUGACUGUACACCCAUACAAACAUGGAGGAAAAUAGAACGGACUGGAACGUGACGGAGCCGAGGAUAGGUCUUCGGUCUCCAGACUUGCUGAACAGCUCCAGUUCCGUCAACCUUCAGGGGAACUUCGAAAUUGAUCUUGAGGAUACUAACUGGAUAUUGACAUCGUCUUUCAUUAUAUUCACUAUGCAGACUGGUUUCGGGAUGCUGGAGUCUGGUUGUGUAUCGAUUAAGAAUGAAGCCAACAUUAUGAUGAAGAAUCUAGCAGAUAUCUCUCUUGGUGGCCUAACCUACUGGAUCUUCGGCUACGGCAUGUCAUUCGGGCAGGGGCCGUAUUCGAACCCCGUGAUCGGCGUGGGCGAUUUCCUGAUAGACCCACCGGUGGGCGAUUCGCUAAUGGGGCCCGUUUUUGCUUCGUUCCUCUUUCAAUUGUCUUUCGCUACAACGGCUACAACGAUCGUCAGUGGAGCUAUGGCUGAAAGAUGCAAUUUCAAAGCCUACUGCCUCUUCUCGUUUAUGAAUACUAUAGUAUACUGCGUGCCAGCGGGCUGGGUGUGGGGUUCCAAUGGGUUCCUGAGUCGGCUUGGAGCUGUGGACAUCGCUGGCUCCGGGCCUGUGCAUCUUAUUGGUGGUUCAUCAGCGUUCGCCUCAGCGCUCAUGCUAGGCCCCCGACUAGGCCGCUACGCGAAGGGCACUGCUCCUCUGCCGCUCGGCAAUCCCGUCAACGCAGUGAUGGGCACCUUUGUGCUGUGGUGGGGUUGGCUGGCUUUCAACUCUGGGAGUACAUAUGGGGUGAGCGGCGCGAAAUGGCAGUACGCUGCCCGCGCAGCAGUGAUGACUAUGAUGGGAUCAUUUGGAGGGGGCUGCUUCGGCCUAAUAUUCACUCUGGUUAAGAACAAGGGGAAAGCAGACGUGAUGGAGCUGAUAAAUAGUGUCCUUGGUUCCUUGGUGUCCGUCACGGCGGGUUGCUUCCUCUAUCGCGCCUGGGAGUCGAUCCUGAUUGGUCUAAUCGGUGCCGCUAUAGCCUGUGCUACUGCGCCGUUAUUUGACAAACUACGAGUUGAUGAUCCAGUUGGAGCGUCGAGCGUCCAUGGUGCCUGCGGGCUUUGGGGGGUGUUGGCCGUGGGCCUUUUUGCUGAUAAUCCGAUACCAAUGGACACUACGAACGGGAGAUCCGGGCUAUUCAAAGGUGGCGGAUGGUACCUCCUGGGCGUCCAGGCUCUCACGGGGGUCUGCCUCAUAGCCUGGGGGGUCACGGUGACCAUGCUGCUACUCUGGCUCAUAGAUUGCGUGCUGCCUAUCCGUAUGGACCCGUAUGAGGAACUGCUAGGUGCAGAUCUUACGGAGCACAGGAUCCGACAUGGCCAGGUGGGGGUGUCUCGCGCCGUCUCCGCCUUGCGGCCCUACCACCGCUCCAGCAGCAUCGAAGACGUUGGCGGCAUCGGCGUCAACACCGGACACAGUCUGGUCGUCGACAAACUCUACGAGGCUCAGUUACAAAAGAAGAAAAACAGAUUCAGCGGACUGCAGAUAUUCAAAAACAAAGCGUUUGAAGAAGAUGAACAACCGAAAUCCAAAAUCAAAAACGAAGGUUUUCUAAACCGACGAAAUGGAGACCCCGAAAAUGAACUACAUAUAGCUAUCGAUUCUAUGGCCGAUGAACUAAAUGGUACUGCUUUUAAAAAUAGAGAAAAGAUUUCUAAGGUUGUUCCAGAAGAAUUGAAAGGGAAAAAGUUCAAAGAACUAUCUGUGACAGAGUUGGAAAGUUUAGGAGAAAUGAAUGCGAACGAAGACAGGUUUAGACAUAGGCUUAAUGAAGAUAAUUAUAACGAGGAUGUGAAAAGGGCUAAUAUGACUUGGAUAGAUUAAUGUUUAUACUGAAUCAUAUUCUUAACCGAGUGUAUUGCGAUUUAUUUGGUUACCUUUACCGACGUUUCGACGUAGGUUUCACUUGUCGUUGUCUAAUGAUGUCCCAGCAAAAUGUUAAAACAGAGAUUUGUGUUAGUACCCGACGAAAAAUCUAUGAUAAAGUUUGGGGUAGAACUCGAGGAUAAAAAUGGCAAAUAAAAGCGAGAAUAUAAAUUCGCAAUGGACCCGGUUAUAAAUAUGAUUUAAUAUAUGUUCAAAAGGCUUUUAAAUGUUAGAUCAGUGUUGUGUUUAUUGUAUAUUGCCUGCUUAGUAUCUUAUUAUUUUAAAUGACGUAACACGGGUAAAGGUACCUUAUGGCGGUCGGCGCUUACGCUGUUAUUAACGACGCUCCAAAUGAGGUACCUUUUCCGUAGAACGUCAUAUUAUUUUGUUAGAAUUAUAGCUAGUUAUUUUUGUAAAUUUUUGGGUUAUGGAUUUACAUUCACUUUAAAAUCACUUUUUAGGGUUCCGUAGUCAACUAGGAACCCUUAUAGUUUCGCCAUGUCCGUCCGUCCGUCUGUCUGUCUGUCUGUCUGUCUGUCUGUCCGAGGCUUUGCUCCGUGGUCGUUAGUGCUAUAAAGCUGAAAUUUGGCAUGGAUAUAUAAAUCAAUAAAGCCGACAAAGUAGUACAAUAAAAUCUAAAAAAAAAUUUUUUUAGGGUACCUCCCCUACACGUAAAGUGGGGGUGAAUUUUUUUGUCGCUUCAAACCUAGAGUGUGGGGUAUCGUUGGAAAGGUCUUUCAAAACUAAUAGGGGUUUUCAAGAAACAUUUUUUGAUAAAGUGAAUAUAUUCGGAGAUAAUCGCUCCGAAAGAAAAAAAAAUUGUGUCCCCCCCUCUAACUUUUGAACCAUAGUUCCAAAAAAUAUGAAAAAAAUCGUGGAAGUAGAGCUUAAGAAAGACAUUAAAUGAAAACUAUAGCGGACAUGAUCAGUUUAGCUAUUUUUGAGUUAUCGCAAAAAGUUUUCCCUUCAUAGUAAAAAGACUUACUUUAAUUAGGUACUGAUUAUGCAAAUUUGCCUAUUUGUUUAACUCGGGUGAAAGGUACAGUUUCAUCCCUUGGUUAACAAUUUACUAUACUUUAAGCUCCAGUUUAGCUUAUUGUGAUGGAAGAGUAACUACGGAACCCUACACUGAGCGUGGCCCGACAUGCCCUUGGCCGGUUUUUUUUGUAAAAAUGGGACAGGUCAGGACCACAUAAUAAUCAACGAAUCAGGGUCGCCUGGCUCGCAAAAUAAAAAAUAAACAGAAGGUCCGUUCCCGCCGUUCUUGAAAAUACAUACCUAAACUUGCCCGACGCACUAGGGUUGCUUCUGUAUUAAUUUCGAAUUUUAAAAAGGAGUAGGUAAUAUAAGUUUACAGACAUACAUACAUCGAUUCGUUUAUACAUCAUGUUUACAUUCCUUAGAGAUGUUUGCAUUUUGACAUACAUGACAGUAGGUACCUACGUAGCGGCGGGGACGUCAAGUGAGCAAGUUGAGCAACGCGCGCACAGCCCGACUAAGCUCUGCCCGAGAGUGCCCGAGAACGCCUGUAAAUGUAACGUCUGUGUGCAUAAAUGUCACGUCUGUGUGCGUGCGGCGAAAAUGGCACUUUGUACUCUCUGCUCCAGCGCGCGCCGCCGCUAUUUACUUUGUGCCUGCAUGCUAAUAAUGUCCAUUCAUUGGAUGUGUUUCGCGACAGUGAAGCCUCAUUUCAAAACAAAUUAUUAUCUACUGACAACCUCAGCUAGCUCGGCUAACUUAGUCACUUUUGUGUGGAAAUUUUAUUGUUAGUAUUAGUAUUUUGUUAAUUAGUAUCAUUCGUACUUAUUCAAAUUUAUUUUAAGCUCUUAUUCUGAAUCUAAAUAAUGCAUGCUAUGGUUGACCUUAAUUGGGGGAUCAAUUGGCUACUUGACUGUUUUUUGUAAAUAAUGUCAAACGAUCUUGAUUUUCCUGAGGAUCAAAUGUCUAUAUAGGACUCAUGGCAUAUAAGCAACACAAAGAUCAGAAAUGAGAGUUAAA